AUGAGCCCUCCUUGUCCGAGGGAAAUGUUUGAGUCCUCUUGAAGGGAAAUUUCGGCCAGACUUUUGGUUUUUAGGAAGCUGUUGUUUCGUUGAUGACAAUGGCGGACCAAGACAUUAAUAUACGGCUUGAAGGCGGUGGUCCUUGGGGCUUUAGGCUGACUGGAGGCAAAGAUUUUGGCUCUCCACUCACCGUUAGCAAGAUCACUCCUGGUGGAAAGGCUUCGUACAAUGGGUUGAGAGAAAAAGAUCAAAUAUUAUCCAUCAAUUAUGAAGAUACUAGGAAUAUGAUCCACAUUGAAGCACAAGAAGCCAUCAAACGAGCUGGUUCAACCCUGGAUUUGAGCGUUAGGCGAGGAGACAGUCCAAAAAUUGGCCGUGCUCCAUUAACGAAGACAGAGACUUUACACUCAGGAAARGUCGACCAUAAAUAUAAUGCUAUUCCAAAGCCAUUUGGGGCCACAUCUUAUCAACCCCCAAGACAAUCUCCAGCAUCACCUUCAGGAGCACAGCCUGCUCCUACUGUAAGAUCUGGACCACCCCAAACUGCUCCCAAGCCAUCUUCUCCCAUGGCUCCAGCAUAUUCUCAUUACACUGGUGGACCUCCACGCAAUACUGGUGGACCUCCUGGUCGAGAUUUUAUCGAUAAUGAUGCUGCUAUGAGAGCCAAGAAAAAAGAGAUUGAAGAGGAAAUGUUAUCUCAAAGGUUCAAGUUGUCAAUUUCAGACGAUGGUGAAGUAAACUAUGAUGAAGCCAGCCAAGUGCCCAACUGGGGUAACCCACCAGAUCCAAAUGUACAGUCUAAGAGUUUCAAGAUGCUACAAAGGCACUUGCAGCAACAUGAAGACRAUGACCUUCCACCACCCCCACCAGAAGCUUAUGAUGUUGAUCCAGAUGAGGGGAAAGUGCAAUCCAAGUCUUUCCAAAUGUUGAGGAGCGCUGUGGAUUCAGGAGAAACACCUCCAAGUGUCUUCAGUCGUGACCGUGGUGACCGUACUAAGCCUUCAACAACACCAAUGCCAUCUCGUCCAACUGUUCCUAUCGCCAGGUCGACUAAUGAACCAUCAUAUGCACCUCCUCCUAUGUCUCGACCUGGACAGACACCACCAGUAGCCUUACCAGGAAUGGCCAGACAAGAACCUUUGCCGCAAUCUUCCCCACCAAAGAUAAAGACCCAGCGUCCUCAGGCCCCCUCUGUGCACAAUCCCUCUCAUCCACCAUCAGCCCCACAACCGCCAAGGGCUCCAGCUUAUGGGGGAGGGCAGCACCAGGAAAUUAAAAGGCAGCCCAUCAAGCCACCUCAGCCAGCUGAUGGAUCUCGUACUCCAUACUGUGAUGCUUGUGGCCAGGAAAUCUUUGGGCCCUUUGUUAGCGCCAUUGGAAGGUCUUGGCAUCCAGAUCACUUCACUUGUGCUGGAUGUGGUGACUCCCUGCAGAACCAAGGGUUCAUUGAGGAGGGAGGCAAACUCUACUGUGAGAAAGACUACAACAAGCACUUUGCCCCUCAGUGCAAUUCUUGUAAGCAGCCUAUUAUUGGGCCAAAGAGCCUGCAUGCUUGCGUUUUCCCAAAAUCUACCCCACAGUCUUCGGUCCCAGUCCCAUCUUCUGAUAUGCUGAAAGCCAUAAGACAAGGCCAGCCAACAGCUAAAAUAYCAAGAAAACCUAAGAUUAACCCGUCAUUAGUCACACAUAAGAAGAGCUUGUCGGAAUCAAACAACUAUGGGAAAGUUCAUUAUCCAAUACAUGGUAUUGACUACAUGUCAAGAAGGGAUUCGAGUCAUUCCAGAUCACGGACCUCGUCUACUGGUUCGAGUGACAGCGGGAAUGUGUUUAGAAGUCGCAGUGAGAGUUCAAGUGAUCAAUGGGAGCCACUUGUGUCUCCAAGAGCUGUCAAGGAAUUCGAAAAGCUUCAUGCAGAAAUGACUUAUGCUGAGCCAGGAAGUGGUUCCAUGAAGGAUAAAGUAAAGCAAUUGAAAGAACAAGUACGAAGCGCCAUUCAACAAGAAAAAGAUGCUAAUGAAGCCAAAGAAGUCGCUGCUCAGCGAUACAAGAAAAGCAAGAUUUUGUCCAACGAAUUGAAAUGGCGCAUUCAAGACGCAGAAGACAAAUUACAAAGGCUUGAGACGAAACUAGAAAACACACGUGGRCGCCUCUACGAACGUAGUCGGGUUGUCCAGGAAUCUUUAGGCAACAAGARAAGAGCAGAACACGUAACAAAAGAAAACAUCCGAGAAAAAGAAAACAUCGAAUAUGAAAUGACAGAGGUGAAUGCCGCUCGAGAUUCUGCAUUGAAUCGACUUCGAGAAGUGUCGCGCAGACUCGCCGUAAAGCAAGCCGCUAUCCAAAAUGCUGAAGAUCACUUUAACGCCAUGAAUGCUCGUUCGAAAAUGCUUAGCGAUAUGAAAGAGAUGUACAAACUAAGGAUCAAUAAUAUUCAUAGCAGGUCAUCUCAGCUGUCAAUGAGAAACGAGAAGCAGGUCCAUCGUAUUCACAUUGUCGAAGAUUCCAUUGCCGAGUGUACGGAGCGCUUUAAACGAGCCGAAAAAAUGAUGUUGCCUUUAAAAAUCUACUUAAAUCAGCUCCAAGAUGCUGUCACAGAAGAGAAGUCUAAUACAAGACGCCUAUCGUAUGAAUUAGCUGCCUAUCAGCAACGUCUUCGUGCAGCUAGACACUAUACUGACUUUUGACGAUUCUACUCGAGAAUGAUGAUGACACUUGAACUAACUGAGGCCAGAGGUUGACAGUGAAAACAAGUUUUUCUGUGGCAUGGGUUGUGAGGUUGUGGAUUUUAAUCUUUAAUUUUAAACAUCGUCUGGUUCAAAAAGAUGGUGUCAUAGAAGCUGAGACCGACUGGUUUUUGGGGUAAACAGUUUGCAGUUCUCGAACAUCGAUUCAGUUUAUCAACUAAACAUUUUAUCACUCUUUUUACAUUUGUCUGUAUCCAAAAGUCUCCACUGAAUAGCCCGCUUCCGAAAUAUGUUUCGCUCGUCACGCACAAAGGUUUCAGUGCAAGCCUUGCUGCAUAGUACAGUUUUCGUAUGACUGUGAAAAGCUCAGUGCCGUAAGCGUGACGUGCCGUGACCGUGAUACUUUCUAGAAUUAUAAUUGGCUGAUUUUUUCACGC